AUGGGCGCUAUGGCAUUCCGGGUGUGUCCGCAGCGCAGCCAGGCAAGCCGAGCUCGCGUGCGCUCGACGCCGGACGUGUCACCAUCUCCCGGCGAAACCUUGGGAGAGGUGCUACAUCAGGAGCACCAGCAACUGCUGGAAGAGGUUCCGAUCUCCGCCAAAGUUGAGGAGCCAACCUGGCCAUCUGCGGAGUCGGAGGCAUCCACGGAGAGGUCUGAAAGCUCAAGUGAGAGAUCACGGAGGCACCGGCAACAGAAGGCGGAGCUGCUCUCACCUCCCCCCUCCGGAUGCGCACCAAAGGGCAGGCGGGCUCGUUGUGUGGGUGUGGAGGCUCCAGAGGACAUGGAUGCAUGGCACCGUGCCACAUCCUUCUCGGAAGCUGUGAACUGCUUGGCUGCAGAGAACGCCGACGGAGCUUCCGUCACAAAGCUGGCCUUGGUCGGAGUCACGCUGACCGAUGAGGAAGUUUCCAGACUUGCCGAACAUCUUCACAGCAAUCCAAAUGUGUUGCGCCUCGCCCUUGUGGAGUGCAGCCUCGGUGACCAAGCUGCCGAGCACUUGGCCGAGGCCUUGGCCGCCAAUGACGUGCUGACAUCGCUCUCUUUGGAAGGGAACCGGGUGGGUGAUCGCGGCGCCGCCCGGCUAGCGAAUGCCUUGCAAAGGAAUGAGGCUUUGACCUCUCUUAGCCUGGGCAGGAACUGUGUGGGCAGUCAGGGUGUCAAGCUGUUGCUUGAUGCCCUGGAGACCAACUACACAUUGCGCAUUCUGGACCUUGCCAGCAAUAGCGUCUUACGGCCUGGCUGGUCUGUUGCAGGUGAUGGACGGACAGCCAAUCAAAAGCGCCUCCAGGCUGCUUUCCAUAUCGCAUCAUGUUGCUGUUUUGCUUGCUAUUGCUAG